CUGUCACAUUCGUGCAUCAUGACUUGAAUCGUGGUUGACAGACCUGACAGUUUUGCUGCGAUCAGCUUUGACGUAUAUGCAAAAGACUAAAUGUAAAGUUAAAAAAAGAACGACGUCACGCACGGAAGCGAUCGCCGCGACAUCCGCGAGCGACGCCUGACAUUCCGCCGUGCUCCCGUCCGUCGUCGUCGACGGUUGCGUCAAUGCCGAGGAGCGUGCGACGCGUUUCGCAUCGCGGUGCGUGUGCCUCCUCCUCCUGCUCCGGUGGUGUUUUGUGUUUUGGGACGUGCCGCUCGCCGUCCUUUAUCUCCGCCACCGCCCGUUCGCCCCGCUUCCUUCACCGUGCGUUGCUCCUGAGGUAUCACAAUAGUGAUUCGACGUCACGAUCGACGACGAUCCCCCACGGACGACAAUGAACGAGAUGUAGAUCUUGAGAUCUUACGCUGCACCAGCGUUGAUUGACGGCGUCGUGACGUCGAGUCUCGGAGCGAAUAACUACGACGAGGAGAAAGAGGAAUCUGCGUAUUCCGAUUCUCAAUCACGGGCGAUGCAUCCUUGUAUCGUUAAUAAAUCAUCGACCUCGGGACAUCGGUAGAGAUUGCUCAUCGAACGAGAAAAAUGGAGAUCCUCGGGGACUACGAGUACAAUCCCAAGGACCUGAUCGGUACCGGCGCCUUCGCCGUGGUCUUUAGGGGCAGGCAUCGUAAAAAACCAAAUUUGGUGGUAGCUAUCAAAAGUAUUACAAAGAAAACCUUGGCUAAAUCGCAGGACUUGCUGAAGAAAGAGAUCAAAAUCUUAAAGGCGUUAACAAAACUGCAUCAUGAAAAUGUUGUUGCAUUGUAUGAUUGUAAGGAAUCUAAUCACAAUGUCUUCCUGGUUAUGGAAUAUUGUAAUGGUGGAGAUUUGGGAGAUUACUUAAAUGCAAAAGGUACACUUUCUGAAGAUACUAUCAGACUGUUCCUUAAACAAUUGGUCCGUGCGAUGAAAGUGUUGCAUGCCAAAGGAAUAGUCCACAGGGAUCUCAAGCCACAGAAUAUUCUGUUGAACCACAAUUGUGGCAAAGCAUGUCCACAACCGCAUGAAAUUACGCUGAAAAUAGCGGAUUUCGGUUUUGCCAGGUUCCUACAGGAAGGUGUGAUGGCCGCGACUCUUUGCGGAUCGCCAAUGUACAUGGCGCCCGAAGUCAUCAUGUCCCUCCAGUAUGAUGCAAAGGCAGAUCUGUGGUCCAUAGGGACCAUAUUGUAUCAGUGUCUCACUGGGAAAGCGCCACAUCCCGCAAACAAUCCUCAUGCACUUAAGUCAAUCUACGAGAAUACAGUUAAUCUUGUUCCCAGUAUACCACCUGGAACGUCACCCGAGUUGACGAAUCUUUUGAUGGGCUUGCUGAGGCGUGAGGCGACCGAUCGUAUGGACUUUGACCAGUUCUUCGGCCAUCCGUUCCUCACAGGAGUGCGGGAAAGUCCGAGUCCGAGUCCAGUGCCCACUGAAUUACCGGCGUCGCCGGGGACAAUGGCGAUCCCGAUUGAAGAGGGGACGCCGAUUGUCAAUAGAUCUGAACCAGAGGCGACAGAAACUCCGUGCUCCAGUCCUGAAGACGACUUUGUUCUUGUACCGAGCGAUAUCAGUAGCGACACUGAUAAUAAUCCACCAGUCAAGUACACUAAACAAGUAAGCAGGGAAGCUGUUAGUCCUCCUCGACCAUGCUUAUCGAAAUUGGGCGAAUAUACCAGGCAGACGAGCAGGGAAGCCAUCAGUCCACCUCGACCGUGCUACUUGCCGAUUUCCGAGCCGAUUCCCGUUCCAUGCCAACGAAAUACGACGGCUCAGCAACCACCGCAGUCUCCUUCGGCAAAUGCCGCCCGCGGUAGUAGCGUUGUUCCCCGCUCCCAGCCCAUUAGCAUGAAACGCAGUGUGGACUCUCAUAGAAAUCACCCACCGGAUAUCGGCUCUCUCAGCCCGCCCAGCGUACAAUUUGUUAUUGGAACUCCUCCUGGCAGAAGGUUGAGCGAGACACCGCCGCCGCCAAAUACCUGGCAGGUCAGUCCCGUGGCGAGACACACGCACACACCAAGCGGAACCUCGCCGUUGCGGCGCUCAACGGGCAAUAAUAGCGCCUCCUCGCCGUUGCUCACAGGACCGCUGGCAGUACUCGGCUCGCCGACAUCGAGAGCUUUUCAAGAUAACAACAACACUCUCAGGCACUCGCCUGUUAUACCCUUUGGCACCAGAGCCGUCACUCUUCCCGAGAUAUCUGAAGCCAGUAGUUUCCAAAGCCUCUUUCCGGACUUUCCGCCGACCGACGAUCGCCCGCUGACAUUCAUCGCACCGGAGUUGCCGGAGGAGACUCUGAUGGAGCGCGAGCACAACGAGAUCUUGGCGAAACUGAACUUCGUCGUGGCAUUGUGCGAGUGUGUGUGCGAGGUCGCCAGGUCUAGAGCUGGGCCGCUCGGCAACAUCGAGGAACAACCGGCGCCGCUUAACAGCAUCGAACAGGCUGGCAACGCGGCCACCAGGAAACGCGCCGAGCAGGUCAUCCUGUUGGUGCGCGCCCUUCAGUGGCUCAGCUCUGGUCUGAAUCUGGCCACUCAGGAGCUCAAAGCCGGGAGACUGCGUCCCACAACCAGCGUAAAGGAAGUCGUCGGUACUAUGAACGAAAAAUUCAGGUUGUGCCUGACAGAAUGUAAGCAGCUGAACAGCGUGGGACUCCUUCGCCAAACAGGAGCCACGGCGGACAAGAUACUGUACAAUCACGCGAUUCACAUGUGUCAGUCGGCAGCGUUGGACGAGCUGUUCGGGAAAGGCGGCGAAUGUUUCCAGCGUUAUCACACGGCGCAAAUUUUGUUGCACUCGUUGGCGCAACACGUCAGCCAUAGUCAGGACCGAGCUCUGCUCAUCAAAUACAAGGAGGCCGUGGAGAAGCGGCUGUACGUGUUGCAACAACAGGGUUACAUCUACGCGACCGAGCCCACGUAGCGCUUGUGAAACACGGCAGCCGAAUACGGCGGCGACAGCCGUCGAGAAGAAGUCCCGCCUGUGCAGCCGCCCGUACCAUCGUACUCGAUAUCCUUCUUGUGUAAUAUAUUCUGCCCUAUUCUGUACAAAAGGCGAGACUGAAGCUGACGAUCUCGCAGAUCGAAAUCGCAGCGGCGGGACUGAAUUCGCGUUUAGCUUUCUUUUACCGAGGCUACGUAAAGUGAAAUAAAAAUAGAGAAGCUAUAUAGUCGCGUACGGAAUAGGGUAGAGAGCGAAGAAAGUCUCCUCCCAUCUAUAUCUAUUUACUCCCUCCACCCCGCAGAUUUCUUUACAUGAUUUAUCAAAACCUAGUAAAGGCUAAGAUAUUAAGAUUGUACACUGUAUAAUGUACGUGCACGUGGUCGGUUAACUAAUUUUAUUUCGUAUAUCAAUCAAUAAACGUGUAUACUGACA